AUGAAUGCUCCUUACGAAGAGUUCGCUAAACUGAAUAGGGGUUUCGAUGAGUUACUGGCUGAAAGUAAUGAUGAAGAAAACUUAGCCGAUGACGAAGCUACUGUUCAAAAUCUGAUUGUGCCUGUGGAAUCGGACUCAUCCGAGGAUGAUGAUGGUUAUGAUGAGAGUGACGACGAUAAAGAAGAAAUGUGGGCUGAAGAUGCCGUUAUCCACGACAGAUUUACUUUCGCAACCCCCAUGUAG